AUGUGGCUGUCAGCUUCUAACAAGGGCAACUUGGCCGAGUGGUCUAAGGCGCUAGACUGUACGUAUCCAAGUACCUUCAAGUACCUCAAAGCGAUGGCCUCAUAUACCAUCACAGCAGAACGGCACUGCCAUCGUCCGCAUCCGAGUCGAUAUGGCAAGAUAGAGACAGACGAGAGAAAACAUGCCACAGACAAGAAUCGAGAACGAAAGAAAGUCCUCCCCCCAACCAAUUUAUUUGCUGCAGAAGACUUCAGUAUCAUUGGUCUCAGGAGUGUGCAGCCAUUUCACCUACCAGCAAAAUCCCAUAAAGCAGGAGCAGGUCUUGCUGCUAUGACUGCAGGGGCGUUUGGUGUUUAUCGAGCAUUGGCGCGUCUCCAAUCCAUUUGCGUCGACUUCGACGGGACUGGCCAAAGCCAGACCUGCAAAGGCGGCAAGGAGAAAGUAUGA